GAGGAAGCCCCAACUUUCUACCCGGAAUAAGGACUUUGUAGACAGGAUUUUCUCAUGCGCCUUUUAAAACAGCGUUUUCUAGUCAGUCCAUGGCCAAUCAGGAUGAGUGCAUCAACCUCAGCCAUCCUUCAGAGGGUUGUGCACCAGCUGCAGGACACUGCUGGUUCCCUGGACCCCCUCCACCCAUCUACUCCUGCACCCUGACCCCAGAACUGGAGGCCAAAGCUCGAGAAGAGCUUCAAGAGAAGCCCGAGUGGCGUCUGCGAGAUGUCCAAGCACUGAGGGACAUGAUGCUUAAGGAACAUCCCAAUCUCCGAACUCGUCUGGAUGAUGCUUUCCUUCUCCGCUUCCUGCGGGCCAGGAAGUUUGACUAUGACCGUGCCCUGCAGCUGCUGCUUAAUUAUCACGCGGGCCGAAAGGCCUGGCCUGAAGUGUUCCAGGACCUGAAGCCAUCCACCAUCAAACACGUGCUGGACCUGGGCUUCCUCACGGUCUUACCACGACCAGACCCCAACGGAAGAUACAUCCUUUUUCUCCGGCCAGGAAAAUGGACACCAAACGAUUAUCCGUUUGUUGACAAUGUGAGAGCUAUUUACCUGACGCUGGAGAAGCUGAUCCAGCCUGAGGAAACGCAGGUCAACGGUAUCGUCAUUUUAGCCGACUACACCGGAGUGGGAAUGUCACAAGCAUCCAAUCCAGGUCCCUUCCUUGCCAAGAAAGUUGUGAGCAUCCUCCAGGAUGGCUUUCCAAUCCGAAUAAAAGCUGUCAACAUAAUUAAUGAGCCCAGGAUCUUCAAAGGCAUCUUUGCAAUAAUCAAGCCGUUCCUGAAGGAGAAGAUGGCAGAGAGGUAUGUCCUCCACGGCUCAGACCUGCGCUCCCUGCACCGGAACAUCCCACCAUCGUUUCUGCCAGAGGAGUACGGUGGCACCACUGGUCGGCUCGACAUGAGCGCCUGGUCGAGGCUGCUGCUGGACUGCGAGGAAGAAUUCAUAGUGGAGUUCUGCCAGCCGGAUCCACUGGAGGGCGUGGUGCUCCCAGAGUCCAUGCUGUUUGAAGGCAGGCCGGCUGGAGGGAAGGAUGAGGACGCUGUCAGGGGGCUGCGCUCUCAGCUCUACUAUUGUUACUGAUGCACACGAGGACAUCCAAACACGUGUGGAUACUUUUUACAGGGCAAAUUGCCAACAUUACAUAUGCUUUAUUUUACUAAGCAACAUUAUUCUGUGGAAAGUCCAUUUUACUGGUCACACAGCUCAGCGU